CCAUAUUGGUGUGUUGUAUUGUUCACUCAGUAAUUUCCGAGUUAAAUAAGGUAUUUAGCCACUUAAAAAUUUCACAUCAAUCAAUUUAAUACAACACGUCAUUGUUAAAAUAUCACAACUCAUUGAUAAACAACGAUUGAUACCUCAGACAUUCGUGGAACUAUUGGUAAACGAGAGUGCAGCAUGACGGAUUCCAUGAAGUUUGGUCCAGAAUGGUUGCGCAAUCUGUCUGGAGACAGUUGUAAUUCCGGUGGCGGUGGUGGUGGUACAGCCAACCUGAUCACCCCCCGGUAUCAGUUGGCAGAGCAUAGAUACGGUCGUGAGGAGAUGCUAGCUCUAUUCGAUCGUAAUUGCAAGCCCCCCGAGGCACUGUCAACCCUGCAGACCCUCUACGUGGAGAAAACCCAGCUACCCCUGGCGUUCAUACCAAUGACAGAGGAUGAAACGCGAGUUUGGAGCGGUGGUGUGAGUAACACGAGUGGUCGUGGUAGAGGUGGCAGUGUCGAUCGUGGAGGACGUGGAAGAACAGGCCGAGGAGGGAUGUACUCCUUCAGUCGUGGUCCUGUCGGCUUCGACGACUCUGGUGACGGCAGUAGACUCGAUUCACAGCCCUACCCAGGUAGAAGGGUGUACGAUAGAUCACAGAGUGAGCGAGGAUGGUCCGAGAGAAACGGCGCCUCUGACACUGGCGAGUGGAAUGGUUCAACGAGCCCCAGAAAGGAGAUGAGUCGAGGUGCCGGUGGUAGCUCACUUAUGGAGAGCAAUUGGAGACGACAUCGAGUGACUGGGGACGAGGAGGAGGGCUGGAGAGUGGCCUCCAACAAUCGUAACGAAAAAUGGACAAGGGGUAACUGGAGGGAUGGUGGUGGUGAACGAGAGAGAAUGGAUCGUGGUGAGAACGACGGUGAUGAGGGUAGAGGUGGUGGACGUUGGGAGACUCGAACAAGUCACAGAUUAUCCCACGAUUCUCAUCAUCAUCCACCGAGGACUGCUCGCACUUGGGAGUCCAAUCAUCACGAUAAUCACGAUAAUCUGCCCGAAUGGGCCACUGAGAAUCCCAGUGAGAGUGGUGGAAGUUUCGAUGCAUCUGGAGCUUUUCACGGGGGAAUAUUCUCUGAUGAGGACGAGGAAGGUAUCACUGGAGAGGGCAGACACCGACGUAUCUCCGAGGGUAACAAUAAUACAAGCACUAAAUCUGGUAAUAAGUUGAGCUCCUACGGGCACAAUGUCAUUCGUCACAGUAACUCGACGAGUACUGCUACGAGAGAGAGACCAAAGUCUCUUCAUCCAUUCGACGACAAGGAGACACCGAUAAAUCAAGAACGAAGGAGUGCUUCUCCGACAAAAUCAGCGACCAAUCCCAGUGCUCUGAGUGCAAAUCCAGUUUUACCAGACUCUGGGAGAAAGGUCCAGACGUCAGCAAGCUCAGCAAACUUGGUGAAAACUGAGACUAAUAAAGUGCAGGGACCUCAACGCUCAAAAUCCUUCAUCGAACGUUCAUCAAAGCCCCCCCAGAACGACUCAAGACCUGAGGAACCCCCUGCAAUGGCCACGAAUAAAUCCAAACCACCAAGCAUCCCCCCAGCUGAUCGUAAUGCUGCUCCACUACUGCCUCCCCCAAAGCCUGACGACGAUCUCGACAGAAUGAACGCUGAAGCGGACAUGUUAGUAGCUAAACUAACAGCUGACGAAGAGAGCCACAGAGAGGACAUCUCAUCAAUUCCCCCAGUGACGAAUCACCAGCCAUUGACACCUGGAGCGCAAGAGAAAUGGUUCUACCGAGAUCCUCAGGGUGAGGUCCAGGGCCCCUUCCUGGCAAAUGAAAUGGCUGAAUGGUGCAGAGCUGGCUACUUCACCUCAGGUUUACUAGUGAGACGACCGUGUGACGAGAGAUAUGCAACCCUCGGUGAUCUCAUCACAAUGUGUGGCAGAGUACCUUUUGUCCCUGGCCAUCCAAUUCCUCCCCUCAAACGAGUUGACCAGCAAAGGAUUCCUCCACCAAUUACCAACCCAGUGCCAACUGGACUACCUGGCAGUGCCUUACCCAAACCUGCAAUUGAUGAUCCACUGUUCAUCUAUCAACAGAUGCGAUUUAUCCAGAAUCACCACGUGCUGAGACAAAUGAAGAGUUCAGCAUUUACAAAGCUCUCGCAGUCCGAGCACUUUGGUACACUCAGUGCUGUCGAGCAGAAUCAAUUAAUAAUGCAGUGUGUUAUGCAGGAUCCUGAGAUACGUGAAUUGUCGAUUAAUCAGAAUCCAUUUGCCAAUCCCCUUGGGCCAACAUCGUCACAUCCUGUUAUGCAAUUUUUUAAUCAAAUGCAACAGGUAAAAACACAGAGCGAGAAUCACUUGCCACCAACGGGCUCAGAUCAUCCUAUCGAUGAAAUUCAGCAGUUGAUCCAGAAGAUUGGCACUGGACAGAAUUUACCACCACCCCAAUCUACCAUCAAUGCACCACCAGCUCAGCCCCCACAGGAGGAUAAUCCGAUAAAAUCACUGCUUAGGCAGCUUCAGGUCAAUGCCAAUGGACACCCCCAGGCACAUCCUAUAGACUCGAUCUGGCCCCAGCCACCCCCACAGAUCAAUCCACAAUUUAAUGUCCAGAAUUGGCUGGCACAGGUGGGACAACUGCCCCCAAUGCCACCAGGACAAAUGCCGAAUUCUCAGUGGGAUUUACACGCUAAGGAAAUGAAGACUGAGCAACAGAUACUAGAGGAGCAGAAUAUUAAAUUACAAGAGGACAGGAAGAAGGAGGAAUUGAGGAGGCAGGAGGAGAUUCUGAGACAAGUGGAGGACGAAACAGUGAAGAGAAAGAUGGAGGCUGAGGUCCACGCGAGACAGUUGGAAGAGGCCAAGCGAAAGGACGAGGAGAAGAGGCGCAGGGAAGAGGAGAAAAAGCGAAAAGAGGACGAGAAACGUAAGCAGGAGGAGGAGCUGAAGAAGAGAGAGGAGAAAAAGCGUAAAGAGGAGGAACGAAAGCGCGAGGAGAAGCGUAAACUCGAUGAGGAGAACAACCGAAAGAAGCAGGAGGAGGAGAAGAAGAAGCGAGAGGAGGCCAAACGACAGGAGGAGAAAGUGAAGAAGGAGGAGGACAGACGAAGAAAGCUUGAGGAGGAGCAACUGAGGAGACAGGAGGAGGAGCGUUUGAAGAGGGAAGAGGAGGCACGCAAGAAGAUGGAGUCGGAGGAGGUGGCGAGGAGGGCAGAGCAGAGGCGUCGUGAGGUGGAAGCCCUGAAGAAGCUCCAGGAACGCAGUAAAGCUCCUUGGGCUCAGGCACAGCACGCCCCACCAGUGGCAACUCAUGCGUCACUGGCUGAGAUUCAGAGACUGGAGCGUGAGAAGAAGGCUGAGGAUUUGCGUAUUCAGCAGCAGAUUCAGCAUCAGCUUGCUCAGCAGAAGGCGGUGGAGGCGGCCAAGGAGGCAGCUGUUGUUGACUCGUCGAAACGCCUUCAGUUCAAGUGGGCGGAGAAGGCUGCACCAAGUACGAAGCAGCCGCAGGUGAAGAGUCUUGCUCAGAUACAGCAGGAGGAGCAGGAGCGCAUUGCCAAGGUUAAACAGCAGGAGAAGGAGCGCCAGGAGAAGGCUAGCCAGAAGGAGGCAGCUGUUGUCAUGCAGAAUGCUGGUAUCUGGGGGACAGCAUCGCAGUCUCUCAACUGGGCGCCAUCCACCAACUCGGGGAUUGAUCACAAGGGGGGAAAAAAUUGGACAGGCAGUGGAUUCUGGGAUGAACCCGUCUCCAACAAGCCUGCACCUGUUGUCAAAUCACAAUCUGCGACUAAAGUCACUCAACAAUCCGCCACCAAGACGAAUGUCAGUGCACCUCAGCAACAGCAGAACAAUAACAAAGUGGCUAAGGGUAAGGUCAAGAAGGAGGAGGAACUUGUUAAGAAGCUUUUUGAUAAUAACACUGCCAAGACGGAUGACUUUCAACAGUGGUGCUACAGGGCACUCUGCGGACUGCAACCGUCAGUUGAUAUCCCAACGUUUAUUGGUUUUCUGAAGGAUAUCGAGUCGGCUUAUGAGGUUAAGGAGUAUGUCAGGAUGUACCUGGGGGAUAGCAAACAGACUACUGAAUUUACGAAACAGUUUUUGGAGAAGAGGAGUAAACUGCGCUCCGCACAGAGGCCCAGGGCUGAGGCUGAUGAUCUUUGUAAACCUGCACCUGCUGUCAAUCCUAAUGCUCCUAUGGAGUUUCAGGAAGUUAAGGGAAAGGCGAAGAAACCAAAAAAAGGAAAGAUGUGUAAAGUUGAUAGCAGAAUUCUGGGCUUCAGUGUAACUGCGGCAACUGACCGCAUCAAUGUUGGAGAUCGUGAUUACGGUGAAGGUGUUUGAACGUUCAGCCAAAUCUCAUUAAAAAAUCGAACGUAAAAACCAACAAACUGUUUUACUGUUAGCAAGAAAAUCGUUUGACGACAAAUGGGGUGAUCGACUUAUCAGAUUGGUUCGUUAUUUAUUUAUAUUUUUUUAAGUUGAAAAAAUGAUGAUCCAUAAAUAUUGGACGAACAAUUCUACGCUGAUACGAUGGAAGAAGUCAGUUUGAUUCUACAGAAUGUUAAGUUGAAAUAAUGCAGGACUAUGAAAACACUUGUAUAUACGAAAGAUGUGAAUAUUAAAGAAAUGAUGAAACAUUGAAAUGAUUCAACUGCAUGAAUACUUAGCAAUUGCGUAUUAAUUAAACUAUUGUUUUUUUUCUAAAAAAAAUCUCUCCUAUCAUUCAAGUGAAGCAGUGGCUACCAGAAUAUACAUCGACGUGAUGUCGAGAAAUAUCAGAUUCUGUAAAUGUGUCAGCAAUAGAAAUACUAAACUCCGCUGAUAUCCAAUUAUUGAAAACGAUAAUUUGAUAAAUACAAGACAACAAGAAGUAAAAACAAAGUUAUUGAAAAUUAUUUUUGUUUCAAGUUAUUUGAGGACCUUGACUCCUGCGAAUGCAUGUCUUUUCAACUAGAAGACAUUUCAACUUAUUGAGACAAUGAUUUGAGUUGAGCCGAGUUCAUUUAUUGAAAUCGAAAAUUCGUAAAGAAUUUAAUCGAAUUAUUGUAAAUUGAAGAUUUAUUGAAUUGAUAUCAUUAAGCUAUUGAUUGCAAAAAUAGUUGCAUUCCUUCUGUUGUAUUAUUUGUGGAGAUGUGCGUUGAGACAAUGAGUUGAAAUCAUCAAUUGAAUUGCAACAUUUAUCUCAAGUUCAGACGAAUUAUUGGAAAUUUGUAACUAAAAUGUCGUCUAGUUGAAAAAACGUAUCACCGACUUGUACUAACCGAUGAUAGGAAUCAUGCAUGUGAGGUUUUACUCAGGAAGAAAGGCAUUUUCUUCAUAACAAUUGCCCUUUGGGAUUUUUUUUUACUAUUUAUCAUCCCAAUCCAAUUUUUAGGAUCAUCAACAUUUGAUGGUCUCACGGAAGACUUUUGUUGCUCACUUUUUUACUAAAAGACGAUUUUCCCAUUCCCCAUGGCAUGACUGAGUGGGGAGAACCUCGAGAAAAUGAACGUCUUUGAUUAUCUAGCUUUAGUGGAGAAGAAAUCUUUCAUAAAAAUUCAGUAUUGGAUUAAUUGCGAUAAUUGUGCUCAAGUAUUUAGAACAAUUGAACUCCUCGUGACUUAAAAAGUGAGUAAGUAAAAUCUUAGCUAUCAUGAAAUCCCUCAAGAUUUUCCUAAAUUUGAUUUUUAACAACAGCUGUGGAUGUUUGCGAAGAAAACACGUUUCUUUGAAAGAAAUUGUAGAAUUGUUUGAAUUGUUGGGAAGAACCGAUAUCGGUUCUCGAUUGAAAGGUUUAUGAAUCAUGAGAUGUGAAUUGUACAAUAAAACCACGAAACGUGCAGACGAAAUGAUUCACUUUUUAUUAAUUCCACUACUGUAAUCAAUCCUCAUUAUGGCUAAUAAAUAAACAUAUUUUCUGA